CAGGAAGGAGGUGCCAAUAGAAGAAAAUUACUUUUAUCUCUUUCUCUUUUUUUUCCUAUUAGAACCCCUCCUUGUUAUAUUAUAGGAUGCCAAGCAGUAAAGAAGACAUAAAAAUAAAACUCAUUAAUCACGUACCUACUGCAGAAGAAAAACUUGUAAUUCGUUCAGUCAUGUUCAACUUUAUUACUUUUUCAACUGUAGGAGCAGCGUCUCUAGGCAUGUCAGCACGUCUUUGGGCUAAUUCAAGGACGACUAUUCAUAAACAGCCUAGAUCAGCUAUUCCGACCAUUUUGGGUACAUUUAUAGGAUUGGUGCUUGGAGGAAUAUUAGGUAUGGAUAGGGGGAUGCAUAAACUUCGUAAAUCACUACCAGAAAAUUCAGAACUUUUAGCCAUUAUACAUGAAAAUGAUCAGUUAAAAAAAACAAGAUAAUUACUUGCCUUAUUUAGAAUUAUAAAAAGACAAGGUACAAUUUAUUUAUGGCUGUAAAAACUUUCAUUAUUUCUCUUUGUUAUAAUAUAUUACAUUUGUUGAUAAGCCCCAGGAUAGAAACAUACUCUAUUAGUAUAAACAACUUACUUUCCUUUAAUAACAUUCUCUAAGCAAGAAGUUGAAUAAAUCUUUCUCUCUCUUUUUUUUUUUGUAUUUCUUGUAUUUCUUUUCAGUCGUCACGAUUAUAUAUACUCGGUCGUAUCGUCUAUUAU